AUGGCUUUGGGCAACUAUCCUGUUCACUUAUCAGAAUUAGCAGGUUAUUCGAAAGAAGAGCUAUCUACUAUGUUGGUUGAAUUUUCUAGAAGCAAUGCUCGAAUGAAGGACGAAAUAGCCUCAUUAAACCAAAAUCUUCAGAAUGCAGUGAUAUAUCAGCAACAAAGAGAAGCCAAUUUCGGAUUAAUUGUGCGCAGUUUUGAGUAUACGCUACAAUUUAGAGAUCAAUGGAUCAGAGAACUUAGGGCCGAACGUUGGAAACAACAAUGUCGAUUGGAUGAGUUAUGUUUUGUGGCUGCUUUCUCCAGUGAUGAUGAAAGUCGGGAUGACGAUGAAUAUCUCAAUAUUCAUAAAAGAAGGAAAAUGAGGGAAGAACAUCAUCAAAGCAGCAAUGAUGAAGCCAUUCACAGCACUGUGGGAAAGGAAAGUGAAGAUGAAGAAGAUGUGGUGCGCCAUGAAAGAGAAAAAGAGAAUGAGGUUGAACAGGAAGUAGAAGAAGUAGAAAAUGAAGUAGACGUAGAAGAGGAAGAAGAACAUGAAGUAGAAGAAGAUGAAGAAGAGGUAGUAGAAGUAGAAGAGGAUGAAGAAGAUGAAGAAGAGGUAGUAGAAGUAGAAGAAGAUGAAGAAGAUGAAGAUGAAAAAGAGGAAGAGGAAGAAGAAGAAGAAGAAAUUCAAAUACAUGGUUAUGGAAUUUGUCACGAAGAGGUCGUUGUGCCAAUGCUGAAAGAUAUUUCUCACAUCAAAGAUCUAGUUAAAUCAGGCACCCAUUUUCCCAACUUGAAAGAUUGUCUACUCAAUUGCUUUACCUAUUAUGGGUUGUAUCUUAAAUUUCCAUUUUUUUGUGAUCAAAAAUCAAGAACAGCAAAUGAGAAAAACCAAACCAUAAGUAAUACAAGGUAUUAUUCGUGUUGCUGUUGCAGGAGCAGAUUGUUUUUGGUAACUAUUCCCAAAAAAGAAGCAGGCUGCACUCUCACAUUAUUAUCUGAAAGGAAGCAUGAAUGUGACAUGGAGGAUCUUUAUACUAAUUAUCGAGAUUAUUACACAAACAAAAAGAAGCUAGCACCUAAAACAAUUGAGAACAAGGUUGAACUUUUAGUGGACAUGGGCGAUGCAAUAUGUGAUGAAAUCACUUAUAUUUGGGCUUUUUCUAUACUGGAGAAAUUCAUUCCACCUGAAUUAGAUUUUCAACUUGAACAAAUUAUAAACAUAGUGAAGUUUCAUAAAGAAUUGUUUAUUUCAGAUCAUAUUUCAAGUGAUGAACAAAUUGAAGCAAUUAAAGAUGUUUCUUUGGAUGUUUUCCUCAGCAUCAAUUCACUGGAUGAUCAUGAACUAUUUAGAUGCACAAAUCGUGUUUUCUGCAGAAGUAAUUCGUGUGAACAAACAAAGGAAAAUUAUAAACAACAGGCUCAAAAGAUUUUUGCAAAAUUGUUACAUUUAAACAUGCUUAGAAAACACCAUUAA